UGUCCGUCACUCUCCUCCAUUUCAACAUUAAUGGAGUCCUUGUCAAAAUCAUUAGACCAUUCAAUUAAGUAAUCCUCAGCUAAAUGGCAAAAAUUGCAGUAUCUCAUACAUCAUCUUCAUUCCUCAACAAUUUCUUCGUCCCCAAAUUAAAUGAAAAAGGAAAAUUCUUCUUCCGCCAACAAUUGAUUGUGAAAUCUCAGAUUAUAGAUAAUGCUACAACUUACACUUGCAGAAUUAGCACUGAUAUUCCACUCUAUGAAAACCCCAGGGCUUGCUUUGAUCGAUAUUUGGAGAAUAAGCCUCGAGUGUUCAAGGCCAUUUUUCCUGACAAAAGAAGAAGUCACCAACUCAAUCAGGAAGAGUGGAGAAUUCACAUGCUACCCAUAGAGUUCCUGUUGAUCACUGUCUUUCCAGUUAUUGAUAUGAGAUUGAGAUGUAAAACCAGAGGAGUCGAGUACCCACCGGGGGUCCCCAAUACUGUUUCUAAGGUUCUUGAACUCGACAUAAUAAGAUGGGAGCUUCAGGGGUUGGAUGAUGUGCUGAAGCCAUCUGAGUUCUCACUUGGUGUAAAAGGCUCUCUUUACCCCGACAGAAAUGGACCACGGACCAGGCUGAAAGGUCAACUACAGAUGAGUAUUAGCUUUGUUCUUCCCCACGUCCUAGCUUUAGUCCCUGAAGCUGUUCGUAGAGAUGUUGCAGAGUCGGUGCUAAGGGGACUACUGCAGAACAUGAAGAGUAAAGUAAACGGUAGCUUGCUCACAGACUAUGCCGAAUUCAAGAGGGAAAUGCAGAACAACUUAUUAGUCUGAACAGUUACUACAACUAUAGGGGUGCAUGGUGAUUAACACUAGUUAUCAUAACUGAUAAUCCGAACUAAAAAAAAGUUAUUAUCAGUUUAUUGAUUUAGCGAUUUUGAUAAUGUUUUGAUUUUAUUGCUUAUCGGGUUAUCUUUUCUUAACCGUUUGAGGUUUUUUCUUAACGGGUUAAUUGAUUACUUGAUAGUAAAUUAAAAUAUUAUAUUUAUAUUAUUUUAUGUAUAAAGUCCUUGACUUAUA